AUGUCAACAGAGCGAGGCAACGAGGCCGACUCGACCAUCGGGGUUUCGGCGGUUGCUCUGGCGGAUCUGGUUGAUCGUGUGGACGAGACGGCCAACGGCGGCGGCUUGGCCGUCACCACGAAGCCCCGCAAGAUCACACUGACCAAAUACACCAUCUACGUCACUACACAACGAAUGUACAUUGUCGGCAGUAACGGGCGCGAGACGGUGUUUCGGAUCAUGGAGAUUGAUCUCACAUUGACAGAAAAGCUGGUUAUCAUGGAGGACAACGUUUAUUUCACGCGGAACGAGAUCAUGGACGUUCUGAACGGGCUCGAGGAGUCCAGCGAGGGCGGUCUGAGCAAGAAAAUCACCGCUGUCGGGCUGCUAGGGUUCAUCCGGUUCACCAGACACUACUAUCUGUGUGUGGUUACGAAAAGAAGGCCCGUGGCGAUUCUGGGCGGGUACUAUCUGUACCAUAUCGACGCCACAGAGCUGAUCCCCGUGGCAAACAACCCGAAACGGCCAGACAGAAAUUCCGAGGAGGCUCGGUACAUCUCGACGUUCCAGAACAUCGAUCUGGGCAAGACGUUCUACUACAGCUAUAACUACGACCUGACCAACACUUUGCAGGUGAAUUUUCUGCGCAACAAGAAACAGUCGCUUGGGUUGAACAAAAAGGACCUGGUCAAGACGUUUGAGUACCAUGACCGGUUCGUUUGGAACUCGUUUCUGCUCAAGCCCGUGUUUGAGUCGUUCGACAGGGUGUACGACUGGUUCCAACCGAUUAUCCACGGGUUUAUUGACCAGGUAGACAUUUCCAUCUUUGACGUGCAAGUUUACGUCACCAUCAUAGCCAGACGGUCGCACCAUUUUGCUGGGGCCCGGUUCUUCAAACGAGGAGUCAACGAUCGCGGCGACGUGGCAAACGAGGUCGAAACAGAGCAGAUUGUUAGCGACAUGCUCACAACGUCGUUCCACGACCCAGCGGCAGGGUUCUACAAUAAUCCGCGCUACACGUCGUUUGUGCAGCACCGCGGGUCGAUCCCGCUGUCGUGGUCGCAGGAAACCGCGCCCAAUAUCCGGAUCACCAAGCCGCCGAUCGAGAUCAACGUCGUAGACCCGUUCUACACCACCUCUGCUCUGCAUUUCGACAACCUGUUUGAACGGUACGGUGCUCCCGUGCAGAUCCUGAACCUCAUCAAGCAGCGCGAGAAGACGCCGCGCGAAACAAAGCUGCUGCGCGCGUUCGAAGACUGCAUCGAGUAUCUCAACAAGUUUCUUCCGAAAGACGACAAGCUCGACUACACGGCCUGGGACAUGUCGCGGGCGUCCAAGAACCGGGGCCAGGACGUGAUUGAAUGGCUGGAGAACUACGCUGCUCGCACGCUCGAGACCACCGGGUUCUUCCACAACGGCCAGACUCUCGGCGACACAAAGCUCCAGUACGGAGUGUGUCGCACAAACUGCAUCGACUGUCUCGACAGAACCAACACAGCGCAGUUUGUGAUUGGCAAGCGCGCGUUGGGUCACCAGUUGCACGCUCUCGGGCUCAUCAAGGAAAAAUACCUCGAGUACGACUCGGACGCUAUCAACAUCCUUACAGAAAUGUUCCACGACCACGGAGACACCAUUGCGUUGCAGUACGGCGGGUCGCAUCUCGUCAACACUUUGCAAACGUACCGGAAGAUCAACCAGUGGACGUCGCAUUCGCGCGACAUGAUAGAGAGCGUGAAACGAUUUUACAGCAACUCGUUUGUCGACGCCCAGCGUCAGGAAGCCAUCAACCUGUUUCUGGGUAACUACGUCUACGAAAAAGGACUCCCAAUGCUCUGGGAUCUGAAUACCGAUUAUUAUCUUCACAAUGACUAUUUGGGGGUGCUGUUGAACCGCAGACCAAGCUACACCCAUUGGUAUUCGGACUGCCAUCUCGAGCACGAGCAGCUGCCCCACGAUAAAGGUCUGAUCAUCACCAAAGUCGACCCGUAUCCGGGCUGUUUCGACAACUACUGGAACGUGCGGUACGUGCCGCGCGAACUAAGCAGCAUGUCCGACCUGUUCGAGUACUGUAUGAACUCGACUCUGCGGUUCAACGAAGAACAACCAAGAGAUACCGCGUCCACGACGAACUCAAGCUCCACGAUCAACAAGGUCAAGGACACUAAGAACAAAGCCAAGCAGCGGAUCCAGAUGCUCACGCUCACAGAAAGAGCAAGCAAUUCGAACCUGUCGGAGUCAGAAUUCGAGGGGUACGUUUCUCCGUUCAAGUCGCGCAAACCGCACAGAGAGCUGCGGUUCCUGGACCUGGAGGCCUCCAGCGACGGCGACCAGGACAACGAGACGAUUGAGCCAGAGUCGCAUGCGCUUUUGGAGUUCUAUCGACACCAGUUCGAGCACCUGCGGUCCGUGGAGACCCAGAGAGAGUCUCAUAUCGACAAGAUCAAUGAACUGGCGGAGGACUACGUGAGACCCAACAGGGAACUACCUGUGGUGGACCCACGCUCCAACGAGCUCAUAGGGACUCCGUAUGAAGAUUCGCACGACGAAGCGUCCACGAUCAGCACGGGGAAUACCGACUUCGAGUUGGUUUGCGAGCAGUACUCGAACCGGUUCCCGGUGAUUCGAGACGAGAACCUGCGCGUGUACGAGGCAUCGAUGAAGAUCGGGCUGCGCGUCAACGAGGACAUGGAUUUCAACGACGUGCUGGAGACCAGCUCAAAAAUGUAG